AUAAGAUGUUAAACGAGGGAGCAAACUAUAAUUUAUCAACAAAAAAAUCCCCAAACCCCAAUUCUUCCAUCACAAAUAAAAAGUCAAGGGACCCGCACCUCCUCGAACCAUGCUCAAAAGUCAUGAAGCCCCUCAAAUCUCAACUCUUCAAUAGUUUGAUCCAACGGUCUAAAAAUUUAUAGACCAGUACUUUGUAGCAGUUAAUAGUCACCCUCUUGUUUUCCCUCACAUAAACCCUAGAAAUCCUGCAAACCUACCCGCCUCUCGCAGCCACCCUUUUUUUAUAACGUGAAACACCAUUAAAAUCGAUUGAAAGAGAGAGACAAGGGAAUUUAAUAUUUUUUAUUAUAACUACUGUAAAAAAAGACCCCCCUUCGGAAAUCGAAUUGAUUAUUUGUGGUGGACCAAAAAAGGGAUGCUUUAAUUUUUAUUUUUUUUUGUUCUGUUGAUAAUAUAUUUUGUAUCUUGUUAUUUGUAUGCGUUCCGUUUUGAUGGAUGUCUGAGUCUGUGAAUCUGAAAAAAUGAUGGGUUUUUUAUGAGAUGCCGGUGAGAUUUACCUGAUCUUCAAUUUUUGCCCCCAAAAUGUUGUCUUGAAGCAUUUUAUCAUUCAUUUUGUGGCCUGGUACAGAACUUGGAUGGGGAAAAAUCUGGGUUUGUGGUGGGACCGACUUGUGACGAGUUGAUCCGAGUCUACUGAGUUGGGACCGAUUUGGCAUGGCAAAGGCGUGAAGAAGGGUGCUUUGCUUGCAUGUUCGUGGGAAAUUGAGUUUUGGACGAAUAUUUGCUAAGUUAGUUGGAAAAAGAGAAACCCAGUUUGAACCUGGUUGCUUGAGUCGGUUAUCGAAAAUUUUGUGCUUUAAGAGCGAGAGAAAAGAUUUGGGUUGGCGUUACUGCCAUAGCUGUUUUAGUUCUUUUUGCACUGGACCAAGUUUUGGUCAUUAAGGCGAUUAAUUACAAAGCUGAAGAGGAAAACUAGCUCGGGGGCUUUGCCUCGCAGAAGCAAACACAAACCAAUGCCUUCGGUUGGUAUGAGAAGGAACACAAGGGUGUUUGGGGCCCAAGUUUUGCGGUCUGGCAGGAGGCUAUGGACCAAGCCUCAAGGAAGCAGCAAGAAAGUCCGUAUAGAUCAUGUGGAAAAUCAGUGGGCCGAGCUUCGAAAAGAGUCCACUGAUAUAAGAGAAAGUGCUGUUGAUUCCUGCAAGGAGACAAAGAAGGAAAGCCCGAAUAAUGGUUUGGCAGAUGUUGAAAUGCAGGAAAUUGCCCCCGAAUGUGGUGAUGUGGAUGUGAAAAAUGUGGACAGAAUGUAUGGGAUUGUGUACAAAAGAAAGAGAAAACGGGCUGAGUUGGGAAAAGUUGUUCUUAAAGAGGAUAGAAGAUGUGGGAAGAAGUUUUUCAGGAAGCAAUGGAGAAAAAGAAGUAAACUUGAUUUGUCUGAAACUUGUGUGGUUGACCGGAGUUCAGUUAUCAGGGUUUGUGAACUUGCUGUUGUUGUAAAUGGGUCAUCUUGCCGAUUUGGAAAUUUGAUUACUUGCUUCCUGACUAAGUUACUUAGUUACAUGUCUAGAGUUAGGAUUGGGAUUAGACGAUUGUCAGCAUUUCUUGUGUCCAAACCGAUAUGCGAUGCUUAUUCGUCAGGUGGAGUGCUUUUCCUCCAGGAUUCUUCCAAUGCCAAUAAUCCCGUUAUUCGCAUAUUAUCAGGAUCCAAGUCAUUAAUACCAACUUUUUCUCUUAAUAUUUUCGCAAUCCCAACGUUAUUUAUGCAUAUGCAAACACGUAUGUCCAUUAGAUCAGCACAUUUGGCUUGCUUUCUCAUAGCACCUUCGGUCAAUAUUUUUGAGAAGGACAAGAAAGUUACAGACAUGGCUGAUUGUUCUGAAACACAAUCCGUGACACAUUCAGUCGAUACAUAUGAAAAGGAUGAUAUAUUUACAGAGACACACUCUUUUGAUGUCCCAUCUUGUAUGGAGCAGCAAGAUUCUGUUGAACUAUUACCUCAAGUUUCGUCUGAAAGAAUAAUAAGAAAAGAGUUGUCACAAACUACUGCUGCUAUUGGAAUAAAUAAAUCAGCUCUUCGACCUUUGAAAUCGAGAAACAGCCAUCACAUUCAGAAAAGACGAAGUUCCUUGCGACGCAAGAAAGGUCGAACUCAUUCUGGCUUUCGAAUCCAAAAAUCAUUUGCAACUUUGGCUACCGAAAUUUUCAGGAUCAAACAAGAAAAUGCCAAAGUAAAAAAAUUCAGUGAGCUAAAAUGUACAGUCACACAGGACAUGUUCGUGACAGGCUGUUCAGUGAACCUGUUAAUAACCGAACCUGACAGGUGCUACCGGGAAGAAGGAGCCACAGUCAUGUUAGAAUUAUCCGCAUCUAAACAAUGGUUCCUUGCCGUUAAAGAAGAUGGAAAGAAAAAGUACAGCCUAACUGUUGAGAAAGUCAUGCGAGCUUCUUGUACAAACCGUUUUUCUCACGCGACUAUCUGGGCUGUCAAUAGCGGCUUGAAGCUUGAGUUUCCCAACAAACAUGAUUGGCUGAUUUUUAAGGAGCUUUACAAGGAAUGCUAUGAAAGGAACAUUCUUUCGCCUGCUGCCAGUGUAAUUCCAGUCCCUGGGGUUCAGGAAGUGUUGGGCCUCGCGAAAAUGGAUUUUAAGCCUUAUGUGAGGCCCAAUUCGUAUAUCCGCAUGAGGGACGAUGAGUUGACUCGUGCUCUUGCAAAGAAGAGCCCGAUUUACGAUAUGGGCUCUGAUGAUGAACUGUGGCUGGCUGAAUUGAAUGAAGAGUUUUGUGGGGGUGAGCUUAUUACGCCUGAGAGUUUCGAGUCGAUCAUUGAUGCGCUCGAGAAAGGCUCUCACUGCAAUCCGGAGGAGAAUUUUGACGAGCAAGGGUUUUCUGAUUUUUGCAUGCAUUUGGAGAGAAGAGAAGUUGUUGAGGCCAUCCAUGGCUAUUGGGUUAAAAAGCGAAAACAGAAACGAGUGGCUCUGGUGAAGGUUUUCCAGCUUUAUCAUCCUAGAAAAACUCAAGUGAUCCCAAAAUCAGUUUUGCGCAAGAAAAGAUCAUUUAAACGACAGGCAAGUCAAGUUGGGCGAGGCAAACAAAGGCCAACAUAUCCAGCUAUUAUUCCAGCCGAACGAGACACUUUAGAGCAACAAGACAAUGUACACAAGGUGCAAGAAGCCAAAGCAGCUGCAGAAAGAUUCGAGGGUCUGGCUAUUCUUAAGCGUCAAAAGGCCCAAUUGCUCAUGGCCAAUGCCGAUUUAGCCACUUAUAAAGCAUUUGUGGCUCUUAGAAUUGCUGAGGCAGCCCAAAUGGCCAAGCAUCCGGAAAAUGUCCAUUCUUUUCUUCCUGGCCCAUUGGCCCAGUCGUGACAAAACCCAUCUUGGCCCAUUCUGCACUCUAAUGGGCUUCGGUUUUUUAUCAAGCCCUCUGUUGGGCGUUUUGCGAGUAUUGUAAUUUUGUAUAGGUUCUGAUUUGAUGUAUAUUUUGUAUCACUAUAUAACUGAUGACUAAAAUGCUUCAUCUGUGUAAGGGGGGUUUUGGGUCCUCUUUGGUGGGUUUUUUGGCUGAAAUUUGGUUUAUAUGUACUGAUGAACUUUGUAUAGUUUGGACUGCUUCUUUAGAGGCCACAGUUUCAGAUAUGCUCUGGCUAAUGAUAUAUCAUAUCUUCUCAACUCUGAUUGUAUUUUGCUGAAAAUUGUGCUUACUAGUAUUUGAU